UCUAACUGGACCCAUUCCACAGUUAGUGAUGUGUUGUAAGUCAGGGUGGGUGGCUCCAGGCCUGGAGGUUUGGUCUCCUGUAACCUGUAGAUGUGUCUCCACUUCCACACACCUGAGUCUCCUUACAAGGUCGUCAGCAGGUGAACCUGCUGAUUGAAGCGUGUUGGAUCAGGGAGACACUAAGCUGCAGGACGCCGGCCCUCCGUUGUUCUAAGUGAUGACCUGCAUGGCGUUGCGUUGCAGGCGAGCAGCAGCCGUCGCAGGACGAUGGUGCGGCGGACAUGGCGGCCCUGCUGGUGGAUCGGGACGUGCAAAUCCUGAACCACAUCCUGGACGACGUGGAGUUCUUUGUGACCAAACUGCAGAAGGCGGCCGAGGCGUUCAGCGAGCUGAGCAGGAGGAAGAAGGGCAAGAAGGGCAAGAAGAAAGGGCCGGGAGAGGGCGUCCUGUCCCUCAGGUCCAAGCCUCCCAGUGAAGAAGAGUUUGUGGACUGUCUGCAGAAGUUCAAACAUGCCUUCAACCAACUGGCGAAGCUGAAGGACCACAUUCAGAACCCCAGUGCCGUGGAUUUGGUCCAUUUCCUGUUUACGCCACUCAGGAUGGUGGUCCAGGCGUCCGGUGGUACCGAGCUGGCCCGGAGCGUCCUGGUUCCGCUGCUCAGCAGAGACGCCAUCGAGUUCCUUCACGCCGCAGGAACGGCCGAGGAGCGCCACCUGUGGGUGACUCUGGGUGACGGCUGGACCAAGUGCAGGCUGGAGUGGCCGAAAGACCACUUCUUCCCCCAGGUGGCGCUGCGGUUCCGGGACGGCUGGGAGCCCCCGGUGGUUCCGGCUGUGGCUCCGGGUCGGGAGCAGGAACUCCUGCAGCUGGCCGAGAGCCUGGUGAAUGCCGACGCCCGCGGUGCGGCCGACCUGCGGCCGUGUCUGGAGCAGGGGGCGCUGCAGCGGUUUCCUCUGGCUGACGGGUACGCUCUCCAUAACUCCGCCUACAAAGGCUUCCAGGUCCUGGACCAGAACACGGCCGUGGCUGCUUUCAAACACGCCGUCAGCCGCCGUGUGGACCGGAGUUUGGACGCGCAGAUCCGACUGGAUCAGAACCUCUUUGCCAAAUCAAAGUACGACUUUGUGGCAAGGAACAACACGGAGCUGUCGGUUCUGAAAGACGAACUCCUCGAGGUUCUGGAUGACCGGAAGCAGUGGUGGAAGGUCCGGAACGGUGCCGGCGCCGCCGGCUACGUGCCAAACAACAUCCUGGAACUGACCAGAACCUCGGACCUGACCGGCCGUGGAGACCCGGUCUACAGCCACACCAUCCAGCUCAUGAUGCCAAAGAAGGAGUUUGAGUUGUUUAAGCAGCAGUUACUGGGAGAGUUAAACGAGAAACAGACCGCAAAGUCUGACCCACCUCCUGAUAAACCUCAGAUGUCCGAGGUCCCGUCGCCGCCCGCUCCCAACCGGCUCCCCACUCCGCCACUUCCUCCCCCUGCCGCAGAACCUGGCAAACCGAGCAGCGCCGCGCUCAGCCGCAACAACAGCAGCACAUCCAGCGAUGCCGGUGGCACCGCCACCAGGGAGCUGGGUGCCCAGAGAGCCGCCGCCGCAGGACGCAGGAAGUCCAACAUGGAGGAGGUCCAGGACGAGCUGGUCCACCGGCUGACUUUGGGUCGGAGCACGCAGAAAAAGUUCCAGGUUCCGUCUCGGAGCAACAGCGGCAACCUGCCGGCUCCAGGAAUCACCUACGACUCUCCACCACAUGAAGUGAAGGCCUGGCUGGAGGCCAAGGGCUUCAGCCCAGUGACCAUCAGCAGCCUGGGCGUUCUGACCGGAGCCCAGCUGUUCUCCCUCAACAAGGAAGAGCUGAAGACGGUUUGUCCCGACGACGGGGGGCGGGUCUUCAGCCAGGUGACGGUCCAGAAGGCGGCGCUGGAGAAGAGUUCAGGCUCUGAGCUGCAGGAGAUCAUGAGGAGGCGGCAGGAGAAGCUAGCAGCUAGCACCGUCGACUCGGGGGUGGAGUCUUUCGACGAAGGCAGCACCCACUGAGCGUCCGCCGUCUGUUUCUCCCGCUCUCCACCCACAGGUGGCAGCUGACCGGGCCGAGUUCGUGGAGAUCAUGCGGCGCAGACAGGAACUGCUCAGCUUGUCACCGUAGCAACGGAUGGACAUCCAGAAAUCACAGAACCUUCUGCCAUGUUUGCCUGAACUUGACGGGGACGUUUUGCUACUUGUAGCUGAUUUUUCCAAAGCGAAGCCUCACAGUAUUAAUGUCGGACCGCCUGCAGGCAGCUCUUUGUGCCUCUCGGGUUUUAUUCUCACUUCCUGGAAGGCAGAAAAACUUUCAUGCAUAAAUACUUCCCUGAUUCACACUUAAAGCAAAACCAUUUUCAUUUUCCUGCCAGUUCCUGGAUUUAAAUAAAACUUUGUCAGAUUGUGAAAUAAAUCUCAAGUUCUGCUGAUAAUAUUCAUCUCUGCAUGAAUGUGAAGAUGGAUUUAUUUCUCAGGAUCACAAAGUUUAGUUCAUAUGUUUAAAACCUGGAAUAUUCUAGUUCUUCUGUGUCUGAAUGGGAUAAAAAUCCAUGAGAAGCACAAACUGAAGCUGCUGAGUUAAUAAACGUAGAUUGAUCCGUUUAGGGUAACGUAGAUUUUCUGAUUCCGUUCUGAGGCUGUAGGCGUUAACUUUAAAACUAAAGGAUGAUAUAUUAAUGAUUAAUUUAAGAUAAAACUGCUGUACACAGAAUUAUUCUAGAUUUGAUCUUCAAAUGUGAGAAUGUAUUUGAGCUCAAGGUGAAGAAUGUAGGACUGUCAUGAAUGUCUCCGCCCACAUGUGCAGGUGAGUCAUCCCACCUGGCUGAAGCAGAACCGGGUCCGACUGAUGCCGGUCCUUCAGGGAUGACCUGGAAAUGAUUUCUGUUGUACCUAUGUGAAAACUUCUGCUGAAAGGAGAGGUAGUUGGCAUGUGUAUUGUAGCACUGCAGCACUGUAAUGAAACUGAUGACCAUCAGCUACUUUGCUUUAAACAUGAUUAGAGAUCUUUACCCAAUCAGGUGUAGCAGCCAAUCAGAAAGCAGCAUUAAUAGUUUUCAUCGUGCCUUUUUCCAUGUAACUGCUCAUUCUGCAAUAAAGGAUUUCCAUAAAUCCCA